UUAGUGGUUUGUAGUCGCCUUGUCCUUGGUCGUCAUUGCAGUUGCGCUCCAUAAUUCGUCGCACGAGGUCUUUGCAUUUUAUUACUCACAAAUAUAUAUCAAAUAUUUUUGUCAUAUUAAAAAGUACCUAUUUAUUCAAUAAAUUAUUUUUAUAAAAAAACAUAGUUUUUUCUCCAGUAAAUAAUCAACAACAAAUACAUUCUUCAAUUAAAAUAAAUAAAUAUUAAAAAAAAAAAAUAGUUUCCAUUUUUCCCGCUGUUUACGACAAUCUUGACUCCGGUACUUUUGAUAUAUACCUUGUGUUUAUUGUCAAAUUAAAUAAACCAUAAAGCAAUAGAAAAAUAUUUUAAUUUUAAUUUUUAAUAACAAUUGAAACGGCACAGUGUGAAACGGCUCAAAUUUCGUCAUACACUUGCACUUGGAAAAAGAAGAAAAAAAAAAUAGUUUUGUGUAUUGUAUUGUUAAAAAAAAAAAAAAACGAGGAUAAAUAAAUAAAUAAAUAAACAUUACAAACAUGAAGACAGUACCACCAAACACGGACAAACUCGUCAAACCUGAGAUUAAAGAUGCUUGCAAAGACCUUGUGUUAUCAAAUGAACAACUCAAGUUGGUUAUGACAAGACUUAGUAAUGAAAUUAAACGUGGUCUAUCAAAAGAAACUCAUGAUGAAUCCAUUGUCAAAUGUUUCACAACUUAUGUUCAAGAUUUACCAAAUGGAACAGAAAGUGGAAAUUUUCUUGCUCUUGAUCUUGGUGGAACAAAUUUUCGAGUACUUUUGAUAACACUUAAUGGCAUGAGUUUUGAUAUGAAAAGUAAAAUUUAUGCAAUACCACAAAGUUUAAUGCUUGGUUCAGGAACUCAAUUAUUUGAUCAUAUUGCACAGUGUUUAGCACUAUUUGUAAAAGAUCUUAAACUUGAAAAUCAAGUAUUACCACUUGGUUUUACAUUUAGUUUUCCACUUACACAAUAUGGUCUAACAAAAGGUACACUUGUACGAUGGACAAAAGGCUUUAGUUGCAGUGGUGUUGUUGAUGAAGAUGUUGUUGGAUUAUUAGAAGCUGCUAUUGCCAAAAGAAAUGAUGUUAAAAUUGAUGUAUGUGCAAUUUUAAAUGAUACAACUGGUACUUUAAUGUCUUGUGCUUGGAAAAAUCGAGGCUGUAGAAUCGGUCUUAUUGUUGGCACUGGAAGUAAUGCUUGUUAUGUUGAAAAAACUCAAAAUGUCGAGUGUAAAAUAGAAGGUAAUUAUCAGCCAGAUAAACCAAAUAUGCUUAUUAAUACAGAAUGGGGUGCAUUUGGUGAAUCUGGUACUCUUGAUUUUGUUGUUACUGAAUAUGAUCGUGCAAUUGAUAACAAUUCAAUAAAUCCACAAAAACAAUUAUUUGAAAAAAUGAUAUCUGGAAUGUAUAUGGGUGAAUUAACAAGGCUUGUAUUAGAAAAACUUGUUGAUAAUGGACAUCUCUUCAAUGGAAAAUGUCCAAAUGACAUCAAGAAACGUGGAAACUUUUUUACCAAAUACGUUUCGGAAAUUGAAGCUGAUCUAAAGGGAAAAUAUACAAAUUGUCGUGAGGUUUUAUCAGAGCUUGGUAUUCAAAAUGCAAGUGAUCAAGAUUGUGAAAAUGUUAGAUACGUUUGUUCAGUUGUAUCACGAAGAGCAGCUCAUCUUGCAAGUGCUGGUAUCGCUUGUCUUCUUGAGAGAAUUGGUGAAGAAAAUGUUACUGUUGGAAUUGAUGGAUCAGUCUACAGAUUUCAUCCACAUUUUCAUGAUUUGAUGACUGAAAAAAUAAGCCAACUUCAAAAGUACAAGUUUGAUUUAAUGCUAUCUGAAGAUGGUAGUGGACGUGGUGCUGCGUUAGUUGCUGCAGUAGCUGCCCAAAAACGAUGAAUAUUAAAAAUAAUAUAAAAUAAUAAAUUUAUAAAUCACCACAAAUUGAUGAAGAAAAAUAAAAUAAAUAAAUAAUAGAUUUUAAAUUCAGAGAUAACAGCUUUAACUAAUACCUCAAAGCCGACCGACACAUUAUUUGUAAAUAUAGCACAAAAAAAAAAUUAAUUACAAUGUGAAGAAAAAAAAUUAAACAAAUAGAUUAUAUACAGGUCGAUUGUUGGCUGGCGAAAAUUUAGACAGAUUAGUUAAUUAACCGACAAAAAAAAAUGGUGUAGAAUUUCAAUGCCAUCGAUAUACGAUCAUUUAUUAUUUUUACAAUAAAUUUUGGUGAUUAUAUUGAACACCAAAUUGUUCUAUUACUAUGCAAAAAUACUUAAAGCAUGAUAGAAAAAUCGGAAAAUUUAAAAAAAAUUAAAAAACAAAUAUAUAUAUAUUUAAAACAAAAAAAAAAAAAUAUUUAAAAAAAAAUAUCAAUCAAAGAGCUACAAAAUAAAAUAUAAAAUGUUUAUGUGAAUGUAAAUUUUUUUUUAAUCGUUUUUUUUUUUUUUAAUCGUGACUUAAACUUUAUUUUUAUUUUUCCACAUAAUGUGGUGACAAGUUUAGGUAGAUAAUUAAACAUAUUUACAAGGAAUAGUGAAAUAUUGAAAAACACUAAAAAUAAUCAUUGAAAUCUUUAUGUCAAACAAAAUAAUAGAAAAAAAAAAAAAGAAACC